AACAGCGUUCAGGGACUGUCUCUAGCCAGUUAAUAUUUAUUGACGCGAUUUCCUCAAAUCAAUCUGCAGGGACAAAGGGACAAGAAAAGAGGAAUUGCUUUUCAUUUAUUGCCUUUUUGUCUUCCACAUAAGAAGGCUUUUGGUGUUCUUUUAGAUUGCUGUGCUUGUUGCUUCCAGAGCACUGGGUUUGACUCUAGAAGCCAGCCAUGGUGGCCCUGUGCACAAUCGUGCUGGGGCUCCUGAUGCUUCUGCCCCUCUUGGGGAGUAUUUUCUUCCCCUACCUUUGGCAAGACCUGGUCUUCCUCUUCACCUUGAUGCGUAUAGGAUAUAAAUGCCACCAAUAUGCCCAACACGACCCUCCUUUGACGUUACUGGAUGUCUUCCUCAACAAAGUCCAGAAGUACCCAGAGAAACCUUUGAUUCUCUUUGGAGAAGAAGUCUAUACUUUUCGAGAGAUCGACCGGCGCAGCAGCCAGGUGGCUAGAGUGUUCCAGGACCCUGUAGGGCUGAAAGAAGGGGACACGGUGGCAGUCUUCCUGAAAAACACCCCAGCCUAUGUGUGGGUCUGGAUGGGCUUGUUAAAGAUUGGCUGCGUCAUGGCGUGCAUCAACUAUAACAUCCGAUCCAAGUCUCUCUUACAUGUGCUCAGCUCCUGUGAAGCCAAAGUGCUACUAACAACUCCAGAGUUUCAAGCUGCCAUUGAAGAUGUCCUCCCUGCUCUAAAGAAUGAAGGAAUACGUGUUUUUUAUCUCAGCAACGAGUCCCCAACUGAAGAUGCAGAAGCCUUGCUGGGAAGGAUUAAAUCCAGCUCAGCUGAACCACUGCCUGCUUCCCUCAGAGCCAACGUCACCCUUAAAUCAACAUGCCUGUAUAUUUUCACCUCUGGCACCACAGGCCUACCAAAACCUGCUGUCAUCAGCCAAAGAAAGAUGUUAUUAUUAUCCAAUAUUUUCCUCUUCUGCGGGAUCCAUGCCGAAGACAUCUUUUAUACCCCACUCCCACUGUACCAUUCAGCUGCGCUUACUGGGCUUGCAGGAUGCAUAGACAUGGGAACUACUUGUGUUUUGACCCCUAAGUUCUCUGUGACCACAUACUGGGAUGUCUGCCGACGGUACCGCAUCUCUGUGAUUCAGUAUAUAGGAGAAAUUAUGCGCUACCUAUGUAAUACACCAAAGAAGGACAAUGACCGUGACCACUUUGUGCGAAUGGCAAUUGGCAAUGGCAUGAAAGUGGAGGUCUGGAAGGAGUUUCUGCACCGUUUUGGACCCAUCCAAAUCAUUGAGAUGUAUGGAUCUACAGAGGGGAAUAAUGGGUUCAUUAACUACACUGGGAAAGUGGGCGCUGUGGGAAGGACCAACUUCAUCUACAAGAAAAUGACACAGUUUGAGCUUAUUCAGUAUGACAUUGAGAAGGAUGAGCCUGUGAGGAACAAGAAAGGACUUUGCAUUCCAGUGUCAACAGGUGAGGCUGGUUUAACGGUGAUCAAGAUUACUGAGAGUUCCCCUUUUGAAGGCUACAUGGGUGACCGGCAGAAGACUGAGAAGAAGAUUCUCCGGGAUGUCCUAAAGAAAGGGGACUCCUACUUCAAUACGGGUGACCUUCUCAUGCAAGACCAUGAAGGCUUUUUAUAUUUCCAUGAUCGGGUGGGAGACACUUUCCGCUGGAAAGGAGAAAAUGUGGCAACGACUGAAGUCGAGACGAUCCUGGCAACUCUUGAUUUCAUUUGGGAAGUAAAUGUAUAUGGUGUACCGGUGCCAGGGCAUGAAGGAAAGAUUGGGAUGGCUGCAGUACGGCUGAAGGAGGGGUUCCUCUUUGAUGGAAAGAAACUAUAUGUACAUGCAAAAGAGUAUCUGCCAAACUAUGCCAUACCUCGGUUCGUUCGUAUGCGGGAUGUCCUGGAAAUCACAGGAACCUUCAAACAGAUCAAAGGUCAACUGGUGCAGGAAGGAUUCGACCCUGCUGUCAUCAAUGACCCCCUCUAUUUUCUAGAUGAGUCAGAAAAAUCUUACGUGCCCAUGACUCAGCAGAUCUUCAACUCCAUUGCAGAGGAGAAGCUGAAACUGUGAAAGGGGCUACCAAGGAUAUCAUUCAACGCUCUUACAGCCUCCUCUAAUUUUUCUUAAAAUAGAAUAAUUCAGACAGGGGUGAGUUAGUGAGAAAAAGCACAAACCACAUGUUGUUUAGUCGUGUCUGACUCUUUGUGACCCCAUGGACCAGAGCACAUCAGGCCAUCCUAUC